AUGAGGUCCAUUCAUCUUCUGUCUUGGCUUGCUUCAGCCGUUCAGCUACUUGCACAACCCCAUAACAAAAAUGAUGGCUUCCACGUACGUCCUUUCAAUAUUGACCUUGGCGAUCACGUACCCCGUAUGCUCGAUCUAGUGAAGAAUACGCGCCUACCAGCACACGAAGACCCAGCAGCUAAAGAUAGCUACAACAUAACCCUAUCUACGGGCAUUUCAUUGUCGACCCUCAAACAAUUACAGACUCAGUGGAUCACGAGUUUUGAUUGGGAGAAGGAGCAAGUUGCCAUGAAUCGGUUGAACCACUUCACCGUCAAGAUCGAGAGCCAAACUGUCCACUUUGUUCACACGAAAGCAAACGAUCCCGACUCGAUCCCCAUUUUGCUACUACACGGAUGGCCAGGGUCCUUCUUGGAAAUGGUGCCACUGAUCGACGAGCUGAACAAGAGGCGGAAGGAAACAGGGGGCAAACAGAGGUUCAAUAUCGUUAUUCCAUCACUUCCGGGCUUUGGGUUCUCCUCAGCCCCCCCUGCGAACUGGACUGUUGACGAUACCGCCCGUAUUCUGAACACUCUUAUGGAUAAAGUUCUGGGAUACCCUCACUAUGCGGUCCAUGCCACGGAUUAUGGAGCUAGCGUUGCGUACUCGGCAUACGACCAAUUCAACCAGACAGUGCGAGCGGCUCAUCUGGUGUUUCUUCCAUUUCGGGGUCUGACGAGUGAAGAAAUAAAAGAUCAAGGCAUCACUUUGUCUGCAGGUGAAGAGGUCGCCCAACAGAGACUUCUCGACUGGCAGUCUGCUGGAAAUUCGUACGCUCUUCAGCAUGCUACAAAGCCAAACACCAUUGGUCUUUCUCUCUAUGAUAACCCCAUUGGGCAGCUUUCCUGGAUAGCGGAGAAGUUCAUCUCUUGGUCGGAUCCACGGCAAGGGACGGGGUCUUCUCUUGUCACACACCAUGAAAUUCUUCGACAAGUAUCACUUUACUAUCUCACUCAGACCUUCGUCUCAUCGGUCUACAUGUAUAAUCAAAACCCGAACGGCUUCUAUCCUGUCUAUACGAAAGCCAGAACGGACGCUCCUCUGCUGUUCACGAACUUUAAGUACAAUGUUGGCUUCUGGCCUGAGGAGGUAGUUAAACAGGUUGGCAAUUUGGUAUCAUACACUUUCCAAGACUUUGGUGGCCAUUUUCCGGCUCUAGAUAGCCCCUCAGUCCUGGCUGCUGAUAUUCGAAGAAUCCAUAAAUAUUGGAAGGAUUAA